AUGAGCUGCGGCACUCAGUCGACGACGCAGAAUAAUGAGGAUCGUAGCAGCUAUGAGAGAUAUCGGGCCAUAGACUACUCCUUUCACCCUCCUCUAGACAACCCCGAAGACGCCGACGAUGCAAGCCCACUCUUGUCAACAGCCCCCCUUGACAGCCCGCCUCAGUCCCUACCAGAGGAAGAAGACGACGAUACUGGUGGCGUGUUGUUCCGCCUGAGCCAAACCGAUGGCGGCGAAACUCAGGUAUCGGUGGACAACGGGCCUGCUGCAGCUGAUGCCGCAGAAUCCCAAAAUUAUUUCCAGCGUUCGAUUCCCAAGAUGUUGCCGCCCGAGACCCCCGCCAACGCGAACCCUUUUGCUGGGAAGGGUCAGGGAACCCUCCUUCCCGGCUCGGAAAUGUUCAGGCAUACACAAUUCUCGGCUGCUGCUCGAGCCGGUAUUAGUCCUACAUCAUCGCGGCCCUCUCCGAAUAUGUUCGCGCAUAACUCUAUUUCACCAAACUUUGUCGACGCAUCUCCUCUUCAGGCUCGUGGCACCCGCCAUUCCCCGCCCGCCCCGACAUCAAGCCCCCAACAACUCAUGGGGACAUCAUCUCGUCCUUUCGAUCUUGGGGACAAUUUAGUUGCUCAGUACGGGCUCGAUUCUGAAGUGACAGAAAUCCCAGAGUCACCUCAGCCAAAAUCACAUCGUGGACGGCGUGUGACUACGAAACCUGUCGGUGAAUAUGAGCCUAUGAAAGACUCGCAAGAGAGACGAGAGCGAGCGGAGCCUAGAUUUAACCAGAAGUCUGACCCCGAUUGGAGCGACGAUGAUUUCGUAUCUGGCCGGAUUCGAUCCAGGAGAGUCGUCGGCAUCCAAGGACUGAAAUCAACAACCCUCAAUCGAAACAGUUCCAGGGAAGAGGAGGUGGAAGUCCCUUCUACAAAUAAGAAGAAGCGCUCUACAUCCGGGGACGCAGAGGAAUAUCCUGCUGAACGCUGUGCGAAAGAUGUUUGUGCAGAGGAAAGCACUCAAGAUCUAAGUACCCAAGGCGAUCGUAGCGUGGCGGGCUCGCAAGAGCAGGUCCCUAAACUGGCCAAUACGUCCAGUCGCGAAGCAAUACCAGAAACAAGUCCUCCUCGUGUGGCAUCAGGGCGUCAAGGUCGCUCGCCAGAACCAGCAAAAUCGGGGGAUCAGCCAUAUUCCCAGCUACCCAGCGAACUAGCCAUAACUGCAAGUAUAGAUGCACCGUCUACGAAGCCAAAGUCCUCAUUUAUACCUGCUAGCACACUUCCAGUUUCUGUAGUGUCAACGCCUGAGUUCGGCAUGAAUACAAGACUGAGAAAUCGUCGCGAAAAAUCAGCCCCUUCAAUACCACUUACCAGUUCCGCUCGGACACUUGAUCUUCCUCGGAGAGAUCAUAGUCCAGAACAAGAGGAACAGCUGGAUGAACAAGGGCCUCCCGCGAGUUCUUCUGCGACAAUGGACCCUCAAAACACCAUGUCGGACCUAAGCAGCCUUGGGACAACACCGGGGCAAUCUAAUGAAACGACGCCGGCGACAGAAGACUCUACUGCCCCUGAGGGAGUCGAGGCUGUUCAUAGGAUUGAGUCUUCACCAGCCGAUGUCAAGUCUCGUCGGCGUGUUGUAACGAAGCCUUACUCAAGUAAACCUAAAAAUACAAGCCGUUCAACUCGAACCGGUCGAAAGUCGGUCAUUAGAUCCCCAACAUCUUCAGUAGAUGAGCUUGCUAGAUCACCCGCGUUUGUACAAGCGCCAGGACACAAUCUGCGUGCCUCUCGUCUGGGGAGAACCAGCGUCAGCACGACUUUCGAACGUGCGCCCACUAGUACACCGAUCAGGGGUCCUAAGAUAUUUGACUGCAUGGUUUUUGCGAUCUCAUUUUCAUCAAAGAAACCGCGUGAGGGGGUUGAGUACAGCGGUCUCACUGAGCAAGUAUCAACGAUCGAGAAAAAGAUCCAGCAAGCCGGUGGCAGAGUUCUGGCUAAUGGCUUUGAUGAACUCUUCGAGUCGCAACCGGUCCAAAACGCCAUAGUGGAAUCCGAAGAGGAAGAAAAUUCUCCUGAGGACUCAGAUCUGAGACUGACACCUACUGCCCGCUCGACUGGCUUCACAGCCCUAAUUGCGGACAGUCACCACCGCAAAUCAAAGUAUAUGCAGGCGCUGGCUCUUGGUCUACCUUGUCUUUCGGCGCGGUGGGUGACGACUUGUGUUGCAAAGGGGAGGGUUGUUGACUGGGAGCCUUACCUUUUAUGUGCCGGCCAGUCUUCCUUCCUGGGAGACGCAUAUCGAUCCAGAAAUCUGCUACUAUAUGAUGCCAUCACGGCAAAACUACAAGACGUGGUACAGAAACGAUCUCGAAUGCUGGCCGACAGCAAAAUCCUGAUUGUGAUGAAGAAAUCGGAAGAGGUCAAGAAAAUGGCCUACAUUUUUCUCGCGAGAGCUCUAGGUGCAUCCGUUUCACGAGUCUUCACGGCAGAUGAGGCACGUCAAAGCCUCCGGGCUGCCCAGGAUCGUGGAAAACCAUACGACUGGGUUUAUGUCGGCGAAAAAUCCAUAACAGAUCAGCUGUUUGAGGAGACACCGGAAGCCAUCUUCCCCAUGCUUAAAAAGGGGAAAAAGCGCAAGAGAGCCUCCACCACAGAGGCUGCUUCGAAUUCCUCCGCUGGCCCACCGCCUAAGAGGAUUCGCACACUGAGUGAUGAGCUUGUCGUUCAGAGCUUGAUUCUCGGCAGACUCAUAGAAGCAGAGGAGAUGGAUGAGUGA